UUCACACUCGCCUACAUUACGCAUUCAGAGCCGAUAUCCUACCCGAGCGUCAGGGCAGCGCGAUGGCUAUAGCACGGGACGCGUCUCAUCUUCACCCCCGUAAACAGCAUGCAAGACGCGGACCGACAUGACAGCGAACAACCGAGGGACCAAAGCCGCCUCUCAUCAGACCCACCGGCGGCCGUCCGCGCUACCAAUGUCGGUAACGGCAGUCCAGCUGCUCCGGUACGCCGUGCUGGUGGCGGUGUGCGCGCUCUGUUACAGUAACUCUCUCUGGGGAGAGUUUGUGCAUGAUGAUAUAUGGGCCAUCACCAACAAUCCGGAUGUCAGACAGGGGUCCAGCCUGCGGAGCAUCUUCACCAAUGACUUUUGGGGCAAACGGAUGGCUGACAACACCAGUCACAAAUCCUACCGACCCCUCUGCAUCCUCACUUUCAAGUUAAACAUUCUGCUGGCCGGCAUGACCCCGUUCUACUUCCACCUGGUGAAUGUGUGUCUGCACUGCACGGUGACAGCGCUGCUCAUGCACACCUGUGAACGCUGUGUGUUUGACGACAGCAGCCUGUCCUUCCUCACCGCCCUCCUCUUCUCAGCACACCCCAUUCACACAGAAGCAGUGUCGGGGAUCGUGGGGAGAGCAGAUGUGUUGGCCAGCAUGUUAUUCCUUCUGGCCUUUCUCUCCUAUAUUAGGAGUGUGUCAGUAGGCAGAAGGGCUGAUGUUUUCCCCUCCACAGUUUCGGUGGCGUCUCUGUCUCUCAGUCUGUUUCUGGGCACCUGCGCCAUGCUGGUGAAAGAGACGGGCAUCACCGUUUUUGGUGUCUGCGUCCUCUACGAUUUCCUGGUGAUCUGCCGUGAGCCUCUCAUCUCGCACUUGUCACACUCCAGGUUGAAGGAGCUCGUGAGAAAAUCUUCUCCAUUCAUCAAGCGCGCCUGUGUCGUCUCAUUACAUGUCAUCGUCAUCAUGUCUAUUCGCUUAUGGUUGAUGGGCGGCUCCAUGCCACUGUUUUCAGAGCAAGACAAUCCUGCAUCUUUCUCUCCGUACCUGCUGACUAGGUUUCUCACGUACUGUUAUCUGCUCGCCUUCAACGCCUGCCUCUUACUGGCCCCCAUAAUGCUUUGCUACGACUGGCAGGUGGGAAGUAUUCCUUUGGUUGAAUCUCUGUGGGACGGACGGAAUAUUGCAUCUCUGCUUCUGGCUCUGGUCAUGCUGGCGCUGAGCGUGACCUGUGUUACACAUCUGCAGAAGAUGGAAGGAAAGGAGGUGUUAGUAGGCGUGCUGUUCCUGGUCUUUCCCUUCAUCCCAGCCAGUAAUCUCUUCUUCCGUGUGGGAUUUGUGGUGGCGGAAAGAGUUCUCUACAUGCCCAGUAUGGGGUACUGUGUGCUGGUGGUUCAUGGAGUGAACAGACUGUAUUCAGUGGUGAGCCGAUGGGGUGCGGCCGCGCUUACGGUGUCCUUGCUGGUCGUUCUUCUUCUCUUCUCCUGGAAGACGGUCCAACAGAAUGAGAUCUGGCUCUCCAGAGAAGCCCUGUUCAGGUCCGGUAUUCAGACAUUACCUCACAAUGCUAAAGUUCAUUACAACUACGCCAACUUCCUGAAGGACAGAGGCAGAAACCAAGAAGCCAUUUACCACUAUAAAACUGCCCUCGGUCUGUACCCACGGCAUGCCAGCGCUCUGAAUAAUCUGGGCACCCUGACUCACCAGGCUGAGGAGGCUGAAAUGUAUUACAGGAAAGCACUUGACAUUAACCCUCAACACAACAGAGCUCUGUUCAACCUGGGCAACCUCCUUAAGUCUCAGGGGAAGGAGGAGGAGGCUGAGAGGAUGUUACAGGAAUCAAUUUGGUUCGGUCCACAUUUCGCUGAUGCCUACUCCAGCCUCGCCUCUCUGUAUGCUGACCAGGAGCGUUCAAAAGAAGCUGAUGAGAUUUACACAAAGGGGAUUGAGAAUUGCCCGGAGAGUUCUGACCUCCGUAAUAACUACGGUGUGUUCCUGGUGGACACAGGUCACGGGGACCGUGCUGCAUAUCAUUACCAGGAAGCCGUCCGUCUGAAGCCAGCUCACUAUGUUGCCAUGGUGAACCUGGGCCGCCUCCUUAGGUCCUCCAAUGACAAUAAAGAAGCAGAGUUAUGGUACAAAAGGGCCCUGCAGGUGGUUCGUAAGGUGGAGAUCUUGACCCCUCUGGGUGCUUUAUACUAUAACACGGGUAGAUAUGAAGAAGCUCUGGAGGUUUACAGAGAAGCAGCCACGCUUCAGCCGGACAGCACUGAUAUCUGGCUCGCUCUGGCGCAGGUUUUAGCCAUGGCGGGCCGCUCUACAGAGGCAGAGAAGAUGACCCUGGGCAUCAUUUCAAAGACGGGCAACUGCAUUGAAUGUUACCGCUUGUUGUCUGCCAUCUACAGCAAACAAGGCAACCACACUGAGGCAUUGGAUGCUUUGAAAAGAGCCCUGCGGCGGGAGCCGUUAGACGCUGCGGUGCGGGCAGAGCUUCAUUUCUCCGUUGGCAACCAGCUCAGAGAGAUGAACGAUCUUGACCAGGCCUUCCAGAGUUACAAGCUUGCUGUUGAACUCAAACCUGACCAGUCACAAGCUUGGAUGAACAUGGGCGGCAUUCAGCAUAUUAAGGGAGACUAUGCAGCAGCGAGAAUGUACUACCAAAGAGCCCUUCUACUUUCACCCGGUUCCAAACUGCUCAAAGAGAAUCUGGCCAAGCUGGACAGACUUGAGAAAAAACUACAAGGGACUUAAAACAACGGUGUGACUCUCAAAUCUCAGAAGAGCAGUGACCAAGAGAGAUGGGUGGACGUGGGGCAAUGCAAACUACAGCUUUCGAGACUCAGGAGAUGAUAAAUGGCUGCUGCUGUCCCUCCGUGCUUUACAAGAGGGGGUCUUGAAUUCAAAUAGCCUCUCCAUCCAGGAAUGGACCAGUUACCUCUGACCUCAGCGCAUCUUACAGAACUGUAUUUCCUCACCAGUGUCCAUGUGUGUUGUACCCAAAGCCAUUUACAGGUCGGACGGCGAGAACCUUUCGGAGACUUGACUGCAGAUUGAAGGGUCAACUUCAAACGCCCGUCAGACGUUUAAGCUGAAGAUCUGUCUCUUGAGAGGCAUUUUUCUGGGAUCUGAAGGCAGAGCUGUAGCUGUUCCACUCGAGCGCUGGACCUCGAUCUGCUUGACUGAUUGCUAAGUCUCGAAGAGCAUUUCAGACAGAAUGUUAUUAGAGACGACUGGUGCUUCUGUUGUGCUCCAUGAACAUGGAGGAAAUCUGUGUGUGGUCUGCUUUCUUCCAAAUGUUUCAUUUCAUGUUUGAGGUGUUUUGUGAGUAAUUUGAAUGAAGGAAAUGGUGACAGCAUGUUUUAUCAUGUGCUUUAUUUUUAUUUCCUUGUCUUUAUUAUACAUGCUAUUAUUGUGGAAUGUAUCGUGGACUAAAGGCAUAUUGACCUGUGCAGUGCAUUACAUAUCAAGAACCUUCAUAAGCUGUUUUACUGAUGACUCUUAUCAUUCUAAUGAUGAACAUCGUAUCCUUGAACUAGGUCACCAUGUGAUUUAAUAGAUUUUAGUGGCCAGAAUUUGUCAUGCGGUACCCUGGAUUAUACUGUAAUCUUUGCACUUAUGUUCGGUUGCCAUAGGAACUGUCAUCAAGAACAUUUCUUGAAUUCAGCAGCCGUGCUAAACAUGUCAUACCAGAAACCAAUGUGAAGCGAUGUAUCAUUAUUUAAUAAAUCUCAUCUAGUAUCUCUAAA